AACACCUCUUUUUCCUUCAACCUUCAUGCAUUAGCAUCAGCAUCUUCAUUCUCAUUCUCACCCAUAAUUUCUUCAUUUAAACCACAACUCAUACCAUUCCUUUCUCAUUAUACUCUUCUCCAUCUCUCUCUCUCAAAAAGUUCUUUUCUUUUCUUAGUGUUCCUUUCGGUGGUAGCAACUAGUAAUAUAUAUAAGACCACACCAUGGUUGUUCUUUCUCACCAAUCAGCACUAAACGAGUUAUUUCUCGUGAAAACAUGCAAGAGCACGUUCAUAGGGGUGCCUGAGGUUGAUCUCACGCACCCCGAGGCCAAGACGACCAUAGUGAAGGCAUGUCAAGAGUUCGGUUUGUUCAAGGUGGUCAACCAUGGCGUGCCGUUGGAGUUGAUGACCCAUUUGGAGAAUGAAGCGCUCAAGUUCUUCAUGCAGCCACAGUCUCUGAAAGACAAGGCUGGUCCUCCUGACCCUUAUGGGUAUGGAAGCAAAAGAAUUGGCACCAACGGUGAUCUGGGUUGGGUUGAGUAUCUACUCCUCAACACCAACCCUGAUGUUAUCUCCCCCAAAACACUUCAACUUUUUGAACAAAACCCAGAAAUGUUCAGGUGUGGAGUGGAGGAAUACAUAGGGGCAGUGAAGAAGAUUUGCUGUGAAGCGUUGGAGCUAAUGGCAGAUGGGUUGGAAAUAGUACCAAGGAACGUGUUCAGCAGAAUGAUAAGGGACGAGAGAAGCGAUAGUUGCUUCAGAAUGAACCGGUACCCAGAAUGUCCAGAGCUUAAGGUAGAAGCUUUGAGUGGUCGAAAUUUGACUGGGUUUGGAGAACACACAGACCCACAGAUAAUAUCUGUACUGAGAUCCAACAACACAUCAGGACUGCAAAUAUGUCUCCCAGAUGGAGAUGGAGAUGGGACUACUUGGGCUUCAAUCCAGCCUGAUCACACUUCCUUUUUCAUCAACGUUGGUGAUCUCUUGCAGGUGAUGACGAAUGGAAGCUUUAAAAGUGUUAAGCAUAGGGUAUUGGUUGAUUCAAGCAUGUCAAGACUUUCAAUGAUUUACUUUGGAGGACCACCUUUAAAUGAAAAGAUUGCACCUUUACCUUCACUCGUGUCAAGGGAAGAAGAGAGUUUGUACAGAGAGUUGACAUGGCUGGAAUACAAGAAUGCUGCAUACAAGUCAAAACUCUCUGAUAAUAGGCUUAGUCUCUUUGAUAAAUCUGCUGAUCACAGUGACAAAUCUCCAUUGUGAAUAUAGUAUUUCAUAGUGAAUGAAUGCAACUCCAGGCCACAGUGACAAAUCUCCAUUGUGGUCUUAUGUUACAUACUUAAUAAACUUUCUUUUGC